CCGAUAGACGAUACAAAUUUUGUUGUCGCGUUGUCAAAAAAAAAGAAGGAAAUCUCCUUGGAAAAGUGUUUUUCCUGCCUGCCACACACGCUUUUCUGAAUCACCAAGGGACGGAAAAAGGUUUCAAGAGUACACUAGACAUGGGCAAGAAGGAGGAAAAGUCACAGCCGGGCGAGGAGCUCGUCAAGGUCAACAAGUGGGAUGGAUCCGCGGUGAAGCAUGCCCUGGAUGAUGCGGUGAAAACCUGCCUGCUGGGCGAUCGUCCCCAGCUGAAGGAGCAAUUCGGCCUGGUCAACACCCGCCUGGCCCUCUGCGCCCUUGCCGUGCUGGUGGCCAUUAUGGCCCACGCCUGGGACUUCACCCAUCCAUUCCCCGAAUCCCGUCCCGUGCUCCUGUUCAGCGUUCUGGCCUACUUCGCCCUGCUGGGCGUCCUGACCCUCCACUCUAGCUUCCGCGAGAAGGGCACCUUCGCGGUGGCCCUGCAGAAGGAGAAGGAGCGCGAGCGCCUGUGGGAGGCCAGCUCCGACAUGCGCAAGUACGACGACAAGUACCUGCUGACCCUCAGUGUCCGCGACUCGAAGAACGGCAAGCGGCGCGAGCAGAGCAGCAGCAAGUCCUGCGCCGCCUUCAUCGAUCAGAAUGGCAUCGUCCUGGACAACCUGGUGGCCAACGAGGUCAACCGCCUGUUCAACGCCCUGGCCGCCGACAAGAAGGACAAGUAGCUGGCCGAGGAGGAUCCAGCCUCUGGAGCAGCCAGUUAAGCCCACAACGUUUUUUUUUUAUAAAUAAACCAAAUUCCCCCACUUUGUCUCAUUAAACUGUACACUUUUGUGGUAA